AUGAUGAUUAUGAUUCUAAUUGAAAUUUCAAAAGGGUGUAUGUGAUGAUUUUCUGGUACUAAAUGAAGACAACUAUUGAUUUAAUAUUUCAACAUCUUAAAAAUCAUUUCCGACAACGAUAUGAAGGCCAGGAUAAGACGAAUAUCGGCAUCAGUGGAUACGGCAUUAAGUCCAACAUCUGAUACAUUGAACAUUAAUACAACAACAGCCAUUGGCACCCACACUGAUUCGAAUUUAACACCGGAUAUAUCCUCCAAUACAUCUUCGUAUGGAUAUAAUAAUAAUAAUCCUACUUCAAAGAGCCUUGACAUAUGCGUACCGGAAAGUCGUAUUGAACGGAUGCGAAAAUUAUUAAGCUCACCAUUGUUGAAGCGUAAAACUGCUUCAUCAUCACAACAUCAUCACCAUCAUCAUCAUCAUCAUGUUUGUUCGAGUCAUCAGCAUACACCCACCACCAAUACAACAUCUACCACUUCAAACAAUCGACAACAACUGCCACAACCAUCAUCAUCUGCAUCAUCGUCACCAUCAUCAUCACCAGCAUUAGGACAGAAUGUAUCGAUGAAAACAUUUGGAGUAUCACUAGAAUCUUUAUCCCAUCAUCAACAUCCACAUCAUCAGCAACAACAAAAUCCUCAACAACAACAUUCAAAUCAUCAUUGUAUGGAAGAAUAUUAUGUACGAGAUCCGGAACAAAUUAUUGUACCACAUCAAAAAGCGGCACAUAUUCUAGGACAAGCUUGCCCCGGUUGUUUGACAAGUGCUCCAAGUAAUAGUAGUAGUACCGGUAGUAUUAAUGAUACAAGUAGUGGCCAUUUUUCACCACACGGUAAUCCUGAUGAUCUUCAUUCAUCAUUAUCAUCAAUAGCAGCUGCAUCACCAUCAUCGGGCAAUUCAUCAUCAUCGACAACAUCAUCUACAGCAUCAUCCACUGGUGGUGUUGGUGGUGGUGGCAUCGGAAAUAUACCCUGUCUUAUACCGUUCAUCGUAACAAGACUUUGUACGUAUAUUGAAAAUUCUGGCGGUUUGUUACAGGAAGGCCUAUUCCGUAUUAGCGGUAAUGCUAAAAUUGUGGAUAAAUUAAAACAAUCAUUUGAUAAUAAUGGUGAUGCACCAUUAGAAACGGAUGGUGAUCUAGCCGCUGCUGCUGCCCUUCUUAAACAAUUCCUAAGGGAAUUGCCACAACCAUUAAUACCAAAUGGAUCACAAUUUUUGGACGUUAUACGUUCAUUGAAAAAUGAUCACGAAACAUGUGUACUAAGUCUUAAGGCACUUGUUUCCCAAUUACCUGAUGAAAAUUAUUAUACUUUAAGAUAUUUGAUACGAUUCUUACAUCGUAUUGCUCAACGUAAUGAAGAGAAUCGAAUGACGUCAACAAAUCUAGGAAUUGUAUUCGCUCCGAACAUAUUUCGCGUCUGUGUAGACACAUAUCAAGGUCUCAAGGAUCAAUCAUCAGCCAAUGAAGUAGUUAAUCUGUUAAUCAGUGAUUAUUCUGAAAUAUUCAAUGAAUCAAGUGAUGUUGGUUGUCAUAGUGUUGAAGGUGCCGGUAGUUCCGGUGACCUAUCAUAUGGAUCGGAAUCACAAUGUCCAUGUACACAAUGUCCCGAUAGUACUGAUCAACAACAAAAAGAAGAUUAUGAAGAAGAACAGCAACAACAACUCGAAAUAACAUCACAAUCAUCGAUCAAUUUAGAUGUCCCAUAUGGAGAUCCGAAUAUUCAGGAAAUACGUUCACAAUUGGAUAAGAAACGAAAAUCGUAUCAAAGUCAAAGUCAUCAUCAUACAAUUGAUGAUCGCUUUCAUGAUGAUCGUUCAUCUCAAUCAUUUGAUUAUGAAAACAAUCAUGAUAAUAAUAACAAUAAUCAAUCGAUUAACUCUGGUGAUUAUUAUCUUCAUCGUCAUCCACCACAACGUUGUAAUAGCGAAGAAAUGUAUGGAAAAAAUGUUGAUCAGUCCAUUGUCAAUCGAUUGGGAUUGAAAAUAGAUGAUUCAUAUCGGAAAAGUUCUCAUUCACAUGAUAUAAUUAUAACGAAUAGUAGUGAUAGUGUAUCCACCGAUGAUAAUACAACAACAGCUACAAGUACCGGGCCAACAGUUCGUUCUGUUAUAAUCGGUGUUGGACAAGUGGAUAUUUGUAAUCAUUCCGGUGGUGAUAUGACAGAUAUAUCGGAAGAUAAUUUUGCUGGUGGUAUUAUCGCUGGACCAACAAUACCUAAUUAUUCUAAAUUAUUGACCGUCGGUGACGCCGGUGAUGGUGCUAAAGGUGCUCGUAGUAUUAGCUGUGGUAGUGAUUGUACUGAAAAUGUUAAUAUACCGACAAGUCUUAGCUUUGCAUCAGAUGAUGAUGAAGAUUCAUUAUUGAAAUCAAUUGCAAGUGAAUGUAGUGAUGGUAAUGAUGAUGAAGAAAAUACUAGUUCAUCUAGUUCCAAUGACGAUAAUAAUAAUGACAAUGCUGAUGGUACCGAUGAACCACAACAAUCUGAUUCUAAGCAACCAGUUAGUGAGGAAACUGAACAAGAAUUAAACGUUGAAGAACAAAAACCAUUCGUUGAAGAUCCGAAACCCGAGGAUUUAACAGAAAUACAACCGGAAAAUGAAUCAAAAUUAUCGAAAGAUGAACAAGAAAAUCGCACAAGUAAAUCACGACAUAGGCGAUUACAAUCGAUACGAAAAAAAUUGAAACAAUUUGAAAUUGAUUUUGAACAAGAAAAUGGAUAUCAGGCUACAUUUGAAAAUAAAAUGAGUUCAUCAUUUGCACGACCAUUGAUGGUUGAAUUGAAUACAUUACUUCAAGCUGAAAACAGCCAAGACAAUCCGAAACCUAUAGAAUCGAUUGAAAAAAAGACAAUCGAUUCUGGAGAUUCUCGUAAUCCUGGUAUUCAGCCGUCUGCAUGGAAAAGUCCAACAGCAACAUCAUCUACUAGUAAUUCAUAUGUGUUCACUACUGAAGAUAUAUUCAAUACAAUAUUCGGUAGCCGUAAAGAAAAAAGUUUAGCACGUAUUAGUGAAAUGAUGACAGAUAUACAACGUACUUUGAAUGAAAAACGUAUAAUUGCUCAAAGACCAGAAUCAUUGGAUUUAAUGACUGGUGAACAAAUUUUGGAUGAAAAACUUGCCCUACAAAAAGCAUUACUUCGUUUCGAAGCCCUAUGUGGUCGACCAAGCUCAAAAGCUGAACGAGAUAUUGUUCGACCCGUUUAUGAUAGAUAUCGAUUAGUAAAACGACAUGCUAGUAAAUUGAAUCAAAAACAAACACCAAAAUUGGAUCCAAACACCGAUUUACAACCAAUUCUUGAACAUGUUCAAAUGAAUUUUACAUCACCAACACAUCAGAAAACUGUAGAUGUAAUAGCAACAGUCAUUGAAUCAAUGAAUAAAGAACAUUCCAUAUUGGAAUCGCAACCGAUUAAAAUAUCCGAUUCGGAUCAAUCAUCUGCUACAGCUACUACCUGUGAUAUGACAAAUAAUUCAUCAACAUCAUCAUCAAAGGAGAAAAACUAUCAUAUUAUGUCACAAUAUGAGCUAAUGGCACACCUCAAUGAAUAUCGACAACAAAAACGUAAUCUUCGAUCUGUACUACGAACAUUUGAAAAUGAUUUCUAUAAAAAAACUGGUCGUCAUGUGGAAAAAGAAGAUCGAUCAAAUAUGAGUUCAGUUUAUGCAUCAUACAAGACGAUCAAAGGAAAAAUCAAAUUAAUCGAAGCAUUGAUAUCGAAAAAAUGCCCAAACAGUGAGAAAAAACAACUUUGAAUUUCAAAAGAUUAUGUUACUCUCAAAAUACAAGCACACCACAACAUCAUUUACAUUGAAUUCAAAUUGAUCCAUUCCAUUCUAUUUUUUUCCCGAUCUCUUGUUACAUUACAUUGACCAAUAUGUCCAUUAUCUUUUUUUUUCAUUUGUCUUUUCAUUUAAAAAAUGAAACCCCAUUUUAACACAAACAUAAACACACAGAUCAAUCAUCAUCAAUUGUUUAAUUGAUUAAUCGAUUCAAACAAAGCCAAUAAUAUUUAGAACUGUGACCUCUAUCUCUUUCUCUCUGACUUUCUGUCUGUCUGUCUGUCUACACAAUAUUUAUUUUUCUACAA